AUGUACAUUGCGCAAGUGUUGAGAUACGACAUCAUGUACGCGACAGGUCACCUGGCUCGCCCGAUGGCGAAACCCAGCAAGGUUCACACGGUGACGGCAAAGCAAACCCUUCGUUACUUGGCUGGAACGAUCGAUUUCAGCAUCACUUACAAGAAAGGUGGUUUCAAGCUCGCGACUUUCUCGGACUCCAACUGGGCGAACAACCCUGACAACGGGAAGUCCACCUCGAGCUACCUGACGAUGCUGGCGAACGCUCCCAUGAGCUUCAGGUCAGGGCUGCAAGGUCUGACAGCAAUGUCCACCAUGGAAGCAGAGCUGGUCGCGUCGGCGCUGGCGAUGAAGGAAGCAGUGUUUUGCUCCAACAUGAUGACGGAGCUUGGAUUUGGGAAAGAAUUUGCACAACUGCCCGUGUACUGCGAUAACACGGCUACUCUACAUGCAUUGGGGAACCGGUCCUUCAGCUCGAGGACCAAACACAUCGCGUUGCGGUUCUUCUUUAUUCGAGAACUGGUGACGGAGGGGAAGAUCUCCAUCCAUUACGCCCCGACGGAGGACAACCUCGCCCACAUCGGUACCAAGCAUUUCAACAAACACAGGUUCAAACACCUAAUGGACCGCAUCAACAACUUCGACGUCAACGAGUUCACCGCCGUCGAAUAUAAAGGAAAAUGAAUGAUUUGUUUGUUUGAAUUUUCUGUUUCGGAUGCAGUUUACAUUUUCAUUUUAGUUAUGUAGGAAACAAGUACUAACACGUAAUUAAAACACGGAUGAAACGCAUUUACUUGCUUGAAAUUAUCAUUAUUUUGGUACAAUUCAGAGCGACUUUCAUUGAGGAGGAGUGUUAUGGAAAUGUUAGCACAUAGCCAUUAUGAGUCAAUGUUCAGUAGCACUGCACUUGUACGUCGUAGAUCAUCGUAGAUCUGUUAUGUGCUAGUUGGUAUGUAACGCGCGUUGUAUAUGCGGAGGAAUUACUUCUGUAGGAUUCUUUGUUGCCUUGACGAGUAGCUCACUCUCUCUCGUGUGGAUCCUUCCUGACUGUCUGGCAUCGUAGCCAUCCUGGUCAUCUCCAGUACCCAGCCAUCUUCUGGACUCUUGCAUACUCUGCGGUUUAUCUGUGUGUGUUGGCCACAAAAGCGCCAGUGUUUACAACAUCUUGUCACCUUCUUCAUCACACGGAAGCACUCACGUCUUCCAGGGCGUCCACUACACUAGUGUCACCUACUUGAUUAGCGUCAAGGACACAGCCUCUCUGCCACCUUGCUGGGGUAUACCACAAUAUCCAUAAU